CUAUCGGUUUGACAAACGUCAGAGCACUUUUUGUUUCGUACAUCUUUGAAAUAGAAAAUUCGAAAUAGUUCAAUCAAACCCAGAUUUUUCACAUAAAAUGCAACCGAAAAGCAACCAGAAUAUCUUCACCAUUUUCAAAUCAAUGUACCACAAUGAAUAUCAAUGGUCACUCAUCAAAGGCAUUGCAUUAUUUGCGAUUGGUGUUAAGAUUGCGCAAGAGUGUGACGGCCUGGAUAUAAUGCCCGCUAUUUAAUUGAAAUUGAUUUCCGCAAUUUGAUUCAAAUGUACACAUUCAAAUCAUGAAAAUAUAUAAAGAGAGUUUGUUAUAGUAAGAAAGAACCAGUGUCAACCGAAACUUUUUUUUUUCUUCUUUCAAUCGAAUCAUCGUCAGUGGAAAAAGAAAUCUUUUAUAUUUGAAACAAAAACGUCGACAUUAUAUCACCUUGAACAAUGAACGUGUUAAGUGUCUGUGGUUUGUUUACAUUAGUCCUUUAUCUGGACCAGGCAUCAUCGGCUGAUUCGAAUUUUAUUGUUAUUUUAACGGACGAUCAAGAUAUUGUGCUGAAUGGGUUGAAUCCCAUGGAAAAUGUUAGGAAAUUGUUGGCCAAUAGGGGAGCACUGUUCACAAAUGCGUUCACAUCAUCUCCAAUCUGUUGUCCAUCUCGUGCUUCGAUACUCAGCGGACAAUAUGCGCACAAUCAUGAAACUAAAAACAAUUCCCGCAUUGGUGGAUGCUACGGUAGUCAUUGGCAGGAGAAGAUUGAACCGACGGCUCUGCCAGUGCACUUACAGAGGAAUGGCUACGAAACGUUUUACGCUGGAAAGUAUUUGAAUGAGUAUUUUUCCGAAACAAUUCCACCCGGCUGGUCUCAAUGGUAUGGACUGCACGGCAAUUCGGCAUACUUUAAUUACACGCUCAACGAAAAUGGUGUAAUGAAGAAGUAUGACAAUGACUAUUUAACCGACGUAUUGAAUACGAAAGCCUUGGAAUUUUUGUCCAACGCUAAGAAACCAUUUUUCGCUAUGAUUGCUCCUCCCGCACCACAUAUGCCCUGUGAAGCAGCAGAACGGCAUUCACAUUCGUUUGAAAAUAUAAAAGCCUUGCGGACACCGAAUUUUAACAUUCCAUCUGGAGUGCUAGACAAACAUUGGUUAUUGAGAAUGCCUCCAGCGACACUCAACAACGAAACUAUAGAAUGGCUCGAUACUAUUUAUCGAAAGCGUUGGCAGUCAUUGCUUGCCGUUGAUGAUAUGGUUGCUAACAUUAUUCACACUCUGGAGGAGAAACAUUUGUACGAUGACACGUACAUCAUCUACACGUCCGAUAAUGGUUAUCAUGUGGGUCAAUUCGGUCAGGCAAUCGAUAAGCGCCAACCGUAUGAAACGGACAUUCGUGUACCGUUUGUCAUUAGUGGUCCUAAGAUACCGCCGAAAAUAGUUUACGACUAUCCGGUCGCUUUGAUCGACAUAUUUCCGUCUGUAUUGACUAGGGCAGGUAUACCAUUGCCGGACUUUGUUGAUGGUCAAUCAUUUUUCGCCACCAACGAGAACGACGAAACUGUUCUGACUAAUGAUUAUGGUAACCGACAGAUUUUGAUUGAAUAUUGGGGAGAAGGUGAUUCGACUACAUACAGUCCGGAAUGUAAAUGGCACAAGGGCGACAGAUUAUCUCAAUGCUCAAUCGAAGCAGAGUGCCACUGCCAAGACGCCUGGAAUAAUACGUAUUCGUGCAUACGACAAACGUUUGUCCAAAAGGAGGAACACAAAAUCUUCUGCGAAUUUCAAGAUCGAGAGAACUUUGUCGAAGCGUACGAUCUGUCUGUGGAUCCGUACGAAAUGACGAACAUUGCUUUCGAUAUGUUGCCUUCGGAACAUGCGCUACUAAGCUUGGCAUUGGAGAAGUUGGCGAAAUGUAAGGGUGACUCUUGUCGACAGAUCUACUAAUAACAUUCUGCUUGAUAUUCUUGGAAAAACCGGUAACUUCAAUAAAAACUGCAGAAAUCUCAUUAGGGUCCUUCCGGACGUAGUAACUAAGCAUAUGAGUGUUACUUUAGUGGGGAAAUAAAUUUUAUGCCAAAGA